AUGGUCUUUUUCAUUUUUAUUGGUUUUCAUCUUUUUUUUUCACUGGAAAAUUGUGAUUCAAUGAGCAGCGAACAGUUUUGUGGACAUAUUGCAGAAAGUCGACGUGAAUUUGUUCGUGCGAUGAUGUUGCACGCUUGGUCGGGUUAUAAACGCUAUGCGUGGGGUGCGAAUGAGGUGCGGCCGAUCUCGAAAAUACCGCACACUCAAGGCAUAUUCGGCGGACAAGGCUCAGGCCUUGCGGCCACAAUAGUGGACAGUCUUGAUACGUUGUUAAUCAUGGGUUUGAGCGAGCAGUACGAAGAGGCGAGAGACUAUAUCCGUGAUAAUUUCAAUAUAUCCCGAGUUACUGGGACUUUGUCAGUUUUCGAAACGAAUAUUCGUUUUUUGGGUGGACUUCUGUCGGCAUACGCGAUCACAAACGAGGAUUUUUAUGUUAACUUAUCGAAAAGUAUUGCUGAAGUAUUGUUGAAAGCAUUCAAUACACCAACUUCGAUCCCAAAAUCAUCAGUAAAUCCCUCAACGGGUGAAAUUAGUAACUAUGGCUGGGCAGAGGGUGGUUCAUCAAUUCUAUCCGAAUUUGGUUCAUUGCACCUCGAAUUCGCUUAUUUAUCGAAGGUCACGUCGAAUUUGUCUUAUAAGGAAAAGGUGCAAAAAAUUCGCGAUCACCUAGACAAGAUUGAGAAAAUUGACGGUGGUUUGUAUCCGAAUUAUAUGUCACCUGAAACUGGUGAAUGGAUGGGCAGUCACGUGUCGUUGGGUGCGAUGGGCGAUAGCUUUUAUGAGUAUCUGCUCAAGAGCUAUAUCCUCACGAAUCGUAGCGACGCACAGGCAUGGCGCAUGUACACUGCAGCCAUGGAUGCUGUCCAGGAGAAGAUGAUUCGAAAGUCGAAAGGCGGUCUUUGGUAUGUGGCCGAAUCGAGGAAUGGCAUUCUGGAGCAUAAAAUGUCGCAUUUGUCGUGUUUUUGUGUUGGUAUGUUCGCGUUGCAGUCAAAAUACGAAACGAGUCCAGAUAGAGCCAGAGGUUUCAUGCGAUUGGCCGAAGAGCUUGGCCGUACAUGUCAUGAGUCAUAUGUACGGUCCAAGACGGGAAUUGGUCCAGAAGUAUUCUCUUUUGUUAAUGGCAACGAGGCCAAAGCACCAGCUGAUCAGCGUCACUAUAUCCUUCGACCAGAGGUAAUUGAAGGAUGGUUUUAUUUGUGGCGAUUGACGGGUAAACCCGUGUACAAAGAGUGGGUUUGGCGUGCAGUGCAGGCGAUUGAAACGUACUGCAGACGAGAGGCUGGUUAUACGGGAAUAACGAACGUUUACAGUAGUAAACCGGGUUCUGACGAUGUGCAACAAAGCUAUUUUCUGGCUGAAACACUCAAAUACGCGUAUUUGACGUUCACAAACAGCUCAGUAAUGUCACUGGACAAGUGGGUCUUCAACACGGAAGCGCAUCCGUUGCCGAUUUGGACUGGAACCGGAACGGGAACUGCGGACGGCACUGGCUUGGCCAUGGAGAAUGCUUUCGGGGAUUUUUCACGUCGUGAGCCUGUAGUGGCCUCUGGUGUUAAUAGAGCAGCUCGUCUGUCACGUCGCUCGGUGAAAAGAGCGACGAACGAGUCGAAACUGGCAAAAUUGAGUGCUAGGGGGAAAUCGAGACAGAGGAGGAGAGCGUAG